AUGUCAUCACCUCAACUCUAUCAGGACGAAUUCCAGUUUGAGCCCGAUUCAGAAAAUACUUACUUGCAGAUAAUGACCCCGCGUGGCCAAAGCAAUGCAGAGAAUGAAAGUGCACGGAAAGACUCCAAUCCAAAGUCGAGCGUUGUUUUGGAACCUACAGAUGCGACCAAAUUAACGGCUGAGAUCCCAACAAUUGCGUUCAAGGAAUUGUAUCGGUAUGGUUCCACCAACGAUAAAUUAAUGUUGGGCUUGGGUGUCAUCUUUGCGGGUGUUAAUGGCGCUCUUUUUCCAUGUAUGGCACUGGUGUUUGGUGAUGCUAUUGAUGCAUUUGCUCAAGCUGAUGGUGGGGUCGAUAUGGACGCAAUUGAAAAGCGACAAAUGAAAGCGUUACGCGAUGCUGCUUUUCAACACAUGCUACAUAUGGAUAUUAGCUGGUAUGAUAGCAGUGACCCAUUGACUCUGUCCAGUCGUCUUACAGGUGAUACCGUGAAAAUGAAGGAUGGAAUGGGCAAUAAAUUGGGUGAUGCUGUCAAAUACACUUGCCAAUUUAUCACUGGCUACGUCAUUGGUUUUGUACGUGGAUGGGAAAUGAGUCUUGUCAUGGCAUGUAUUAUGCCCGUUAUGGUCGCGUCUUUGGUUGUUUUGAUGACAUCUCUUCGAAAACGUGCAGUACAUUCACAACAAAUGUACGCAGAGGCUGGUGCUGUUGCGGAAGAGACAUUGGGCUCUAUUCGUACAGUUUCUUCGCUCAAUGGAGAGAUAUUGGCCAUCAACAAGUACAACGAACGUGCUGCAAAAGCAGAGGAGACGAAUAUUCAAAUGGCCAAAUUUGCAUCCUGUGUCUUUGGUCUCUUUAUGUGUAGCAUCUGGCUCAUGUAUGCCGCAGGUCUCUGGUAUGGUGGACACAAAGUAGCAGAAGACGAAACGACUCCAGGCGAUGUCUUUGAAGCGUUCUUUGGAAUUCUCAUGGGAACAAUUUCAUUAGGUCAAAUUACUCCCAACGUUUCGGCAGUUGCUGAAGCAAAGGGAGCAGCCGCACACAUUUACAAGAUUCUUGAUACCCCCUCUCGUAUUGAUGCAUCGAAACAGGACGAAGGAGAUCAACCUUCGACGUGUCUCGGACAAAUUCAAGCUGUGGGUAUACAUUUUACAUACCCAAGUCGACCAGAUGUGCAGAUUUUACACGACUAUAACGUCACUAUUGAACCAGGUCAAACUGUUGCUUUUGUUGGUACUAGUGGAGGCGGUAAAAGUACCCUCAUUGCCUUACUUGAGCGCUUUUACGAUCCCAAACAAGGUACAAUAUUACUCGAUGGUCGUGACAUCAAGACGUUAAAUGUAAAGUGGCUACGGUCCCAGAUUGGUCUGGUGUCGCAAGAGCCUGUGCUGUUUGCUGCGACGAUCUUUGAAAACAUUGCAGCUGGUGGAAAUGGAAUUUCUCGUGAACAGGUUGAAAAUGCUGCCAUGUUAGCGAAUGCUCACACAUUUAUCAUGUCAUUACCCGAGCAAUACGAUACACUAGUGGGUGAAAAAGGAAUCUCGUUGUCAGGUGGUCAAAAGCAGCGGGUAGCAAUUGCUCGCGCUAUUGUGCGUGAACCCAAGAUUUUGAUACUGGAUGAAGCAACGAGUGCACUUGAUGCCGAAAGCGAACGCGUAGUUCAAGCAGCUUUGAAUAAUUUGAUGGAAAAGACUCAAAUGACAACACUUGUGAUUGCCCAUCGGUUAAGUACAAUUCGCAAGGCUGACAAAAUUGUGGUCGUAAGUGCUGGUCACGUUAUGGAAGAAGGAACUCACGACAUGUUAGUUGCAAUGAACGGUGGAAUUUACAAUAAACUGUACACGAUUCAAGCUGAAACGGCUCAAGAAGAGGCUGACGCAGUUCAAAAUGUAUUGACUGAAGUUAGGAGCGAACAGAUGCAAUCGCAAAGCUUACGACAACAUAGUCACCGGUCAGUUGACGGUCAAUCCCUGGAGCAUGACAAAGAGUCGAGCUUGGAUGACGAAAGUCAAAAGCCAUUUACAUUAUUUGAUGCCAUGGCUUUUUCUCGUCCUGAACGGCCAGUAUUUGUGGUCGGGAUCAUUGCUGCUGCGGUGAUGGGUUGUGCCUUACCAGGUUCUGCUGUUCUCAUUAGUGAAUUAAUCACAACGAUGACGACGAAUUAUGCGCUAUACAAGGAAUUAAACAGUCAAUCUGCGCUGGAUACUAUUAAGCAUGAUGUAAUGGUAUACGGACUUUGUUAUGUGGGUGGAUCUCUUCUUAUGUUCCUUGCUGCGGCAACUCAGAACUUUUGUUUUAAGUUCAUGGCUGAAAAACUUACAUCUCGCCUGCGGGAUAUUCACUUUCGUGCCCUUUGUCGCCAGAAUAUUGGAUUCUUUGAUGAAAAGAAGAAUGCGACGGGAGCUUUAACGGCAAAUUUAUCUACGAAUGCGACGAAAGUUGCUCUUAUCUCGGGAGACUCACAAGGACGCGUAGUCCAGGCGAUCUUUACAUUUGUGGCAGCGGUGGCAAUUUCAUUUACGACAGGAAGCUGGUUAUUGACACUUGUGAUGCUGACGGUGUUUCCCUUUUUAAUUUUCAGUCAAGUAGUGCGUAUGCGACAGUUGAAAUCCUCUAGCCAGCUAUCUGAUGAACUUUCAGAUGUUGGUGCCCACGCUUCCGAGGCACUUAGCAACAUUCGGACUGUCGUUACUCUUGGUCUAGAAAAAUCGAUUGGCAACAAGUUUUCUGCCUUGCUGGAAGAACCGCUGGCAAAUGGACGUCGCGAAGCUCAGUUGAAUGGAUUAGCUAUUGGAUUUAGCUCCUUCAUUAUCUUUGCGACGUAUUCCCUCGUGUUUUGGUAUGGUGGCAAAUUAGUUGACGAGCGUGAGAUCCAAUUUAAAAAGCUUAUACGAACCCUUAUGGCCAUUAUGAUGUCAGCUCAGGGCAUUGGCAAUGCAACAUCUUUUAUGGGUGAGACAGACAAUGCAUUGAAAGCUGGCAAAGCAAUUGUUGACAUGCGCGACCGCAAAGUUCCAAUUGAUUCCUUCCAAGAAAGUGGGCAACGGCUUGAUUCAGUCCACGGCAAGAUUGAAUUUAAGAAUAUCACGUUUAGAUACCCAACUCGACCUGAGAUCACCGUCUUAAAGAAUUACAAUCUCACAAUUGAAGCGGGACAAACCGUUGCUUUCUGUGGACCAAGUGGUGGUGGCAAAAGCACGUGUGUGUCACUUCUUGAGAGGUUUUAUGAUCCGAUUGAAGGUCAAGUUUUACUGGAUGGAGUGGACACGAAAAUGUUGAAUCUGAAAUGGUUACGUAGUCAGAUUGGAUUGGUUGGCCAGGAACCUACUCUUUUUAUUGGUACCAUUGCCGAAAACAUUGCGUACGGUCUUCCUGAGAAACCAAGUCAGGAAGACAUCGAAGAGGUGGCCAAGAUGGCUAAUGCUCACGGAUUUAUCACCAACUUUCCAAAUGGAUACGAUACACAGGUGGGCUUGAAGGGUGAACAAUUAUCCGGCGGACAAAAGCAGCGCAUUGCGAUAGCACGAGCCAUUUUGAAAAAUCCUCACAUUUUACUACUAGACGAAGCGACGAGUGCGUUGGAUUCUGAAAGUGAGAAAGUUGUUCAGGAGGCUCUUGAUAAAGUGGUGGCGCUGCAAAGGCGUACUACAAUUAUAAUUGCACAUCGUUUGUCGACCAUUCGUAAGGCAGACCAGAUUUGUGUGGUUAGCGGUGGCAAGAUUGCUGAAAAAGGCACGCACCAGGAGCUUUUAAGGCUGAAGGGCAUCUACGCAAAGCUUGUGGAGCACGCCGUUAAUUAA